CGCGCGGUGCAGUCGCCGCAGCCGCGGACCAGACGGCGUUCGCCCGCCGCGAGGUCCACGUCGGCCGCCCGCCCGCUCCCCGCGAUGCCUUAGAGCCUCCAGGUUGCCCUAGAGGACUCAGCCUUGGUGGCUAGUGUGUGUGCUUGGAAGCCAGGAGAAGCUGUUCUGCUGGCUGCACCCAUCCUACUUGACCAUCACUUGCCAUGGAGGCCCCAGAGGUCCCUGUAGGCUCCCUGAUUGACUUCGGGACUGAACCACCCACUUCCGCUCCCCUGGAGGCAGCGUCUGCAACGCUGCAGGACCCAGAUGGCUCCCUGGGUGAUGGCGCAUCUGAGAGUGAAGCCACCGAGUCUGCAGACAGUGAGAAUGACAUGGGAGAAUCACCCUCGCACCCAUCUUGGGACCAGGACCGCCGCUCUUCCUCCAAUGAGUCCUUCUCCUCUAACCAGAGUGCUGAUUCAGCCCCUGAUGAGGAGACCCUGGCACUCCGCGAGUUUAUGCGUGGCUAUGUGGAGAAGAUCUUCUCUGGAGGGGAGGACUUGGACCAGGAGGAGAAAGCCAAGUUUGGAGAGUACUGCAGCAGUGAGGAUGGGAAGGGUCGUGAGUGGUUCGCGCGGUACGUGAGUGCCCAGCGCUGCAAAUCCAAGUGUGUGUCAGAGCCGACCUUCUACCGCCUGGUGCAGUCCUUUGCAGUGGUGCUGUUUGAGUGCCAUCAGAUGGAUGACUUUGGACCUGCCAAGAACCUCAUGACCAUGUGUUUCACGUACUAUUACCUCGGCAAGACUCACCUGCCCCUCAUGGAGCCCAGGGAGAAGCCAGCGGGCAGCAUCGACUCCUACCUGAAGUCUGCCAACAGCUGGCUGUCAGAGAAAAAGGACAUUGCUGAGCGGCUGCUGAAGAACACAGAAAAUAUGAAAGGCUUCUUUGGGGGGCUGGAGACCAAGCUGAAGGGGCCUCUGGUCAGGAAAAAUGAGGAAGAGGAGAACAAACCCAAGGACAAACAGCUGAAGACUGUGACCGUGGUCAGCCCUGAGGAUGAGCAGAAGGGGGAGAAGGUCUACCUGUACACACACCUGAAGCAGCAGCCCAUCUGGCAUACACUGAGAUUCUGGAAUGCAGCCUUUUUUGACGCCGUCCACUGUGAAAGGCGGAAACGAUCCCCCACCACCAGAGGGGAUGCUGGAGAGCAGGAAGAGAAGAGGGAGAAGUGGUGUCACAUGACCCAGGAGGAGAGAGCUGACAGCCUGCGGUUCAAUGAGAACAUCACCUUCGGGCAGCUGGGCACGUUCACUCACAACAUGCUGGCUUUCGGCCUGAGCAAGAAGCUAUGCAGCGACUUCCUGAAGAAGCAGGCUGUGAUCGGCAACCUGGAUGAGGAGCAGUACAAGCUGCUGAGUGACCACAUCGAGCAGAUGGCCACUGAAUAGGAGACUGCGGUGCAUGCCGCUCUCUGGGGCCAGUGACUGGCCGUCCGUCACCCCAGCAAUGACCCUGCAUGACACCAGCAGCACCCAGAGCCAUUCCUUGCUGCCUUAGAACUAGCAUUUAGUGGACUCUGACUACCCAUAUCCCUGUGUCUAUUCCCUCAUCUACCUGCAAGGUGUCACAUGGCCAAAACUGAGGGUCUACCCUCUAAGCACCACCAGCUUAGGAGAUGAGACCAAAGGAUGAGAGGAAGCCAGAGCCAGGGGAGGGUGGGCAAGGACCAAGGGGGAAAGCACAAUGGUGAGGUAAGGACAGAGCCACAGGCAGAGGCCUGGCACUGUGGCCAGAUGGACAGAUGGGAGGAGCUCUGUGAGUAGAAGCUGUCGAAGGGGUGUGGAGCCUACAGAAAGGCCUUGGAUGCUUGCUCUUCCUACCUCCCUCCUUGUGACAGGAACUGGAAGUCAAAAGGACUGCAGGGAAAUGGGAAGAGAGAUGCAGGGUUGAGGACACUUUUCCACUGUAGCUGAGCAUCUUGUUCAUCAGGAGCACUGUCCCUGGCUCAAGAGGAGCUGGCUGUUCAGAACAGCCCUGAGCUGCCAUUGCUGUCAGCCUGCUUCAGAAGCAGCAGCCACAUCUGGAAUGCAAGACCCUCGGAGAGAAGUUUCUUCAGCAGCUGUGAGCUCACUCUGAGAGCAGCUGGCCCGGCUGCGUAGGUCUGAGCACGGUCUGAGUGAGGCCUCUGGCAGGUGCACUGGCCUUGAAGUCUGAGCCUGUGGUCCUUUUCCCUCCAUCUGCAGACGUACCUCCAUCCAGUUUCCAGAGCUGGCUAAUGUACCCCUGUACCAGACUGGCCUGCAGGAAGCAGGUCUGACCACAGGGUUCGCUGCUGGCGUCAGAGCUGUCCUCUUCUGUGCACGUCUGCACUGCUUGGGCUCCCUCUGCCUUCAGCCGUGGCUCUUCGGGUCACUGGCCUUGCACUAGGCCUGCAGGCUCUCCUUCCAGCCUUCAUCGCCUCAUCCCUGGCUACCCCUUGGCCUUCCGUCAGAGUCAGUCAGUGUCUGUCUGGGAGCACAGCAAACCCUUUCCUGACAGCACUACCCAGCUGGCGCAAACAAGCCUUCCUUGUGGGAAGCGCCUCCCUGGAAUAUUCUAGAGCAGAGUGGGGCAGUUGAGCUACAGAACAUGUAUGUCUUAGAUACUGGGGCGGGGGUGACAGAAGCAGCAGGUUUAUAUCACUGAGCCGCUCAUGCAAAUACUGACAGCCAGGCUGUGCACCUGGUGGCAGCUUGGUGAGGUACUCAUGCCUGAGCAUCCUGCCAGUAGAGGGCAGCGUGCGAGCCGAGGGCUGGGGCAGACCAACAGUUGGGAUGCCCAGCUGUAGGACCCUGUGACUGCCUAUCCCUGUUUUGGGGAAGUAAGGCCAAGUUGACCAGUGUGUGGCCCUCUUCACUCCAGCCCCACCCCCAGAGAAUGCACCCUUCUAGAGUUCCUGUCCCCUCUGGAGUAUCUUUGGGUCACACAAGCUUGCAAGGAGGCCUCUCCCAGCUCACCCUGGCCCUGGCAUUCAUAUUAGUUCAAGAGUAGUAAGCCACGACUCUAAGGUCCUGUAAGACUGACCUUUGUACACACACUGUACAGCAGCCCUGCGGUGGUCUGACCCCUCUCCUCUGUCCCCUGGCCCCGUGGCUGUGCAUAGUGUUCAGGACAAAGAGCUCUGGCUUUCCAAGCACUUGGACUUUAGAAAUGUCGUUGAGACUGCCCCACAUAGACCUCUCAAGAUAGCAGUUUGAGGAGGAAGGAGGGUGGCUUUGUUUUCUCUUUUUGUCCUUAUUCUUACAAAUCCAGGCCCACACGUGGCAGUCUAGUCAUGAGAGAGGGGUGACCUGCUGAGCAAGGCCCAUAAAGCACUGCCAGGGAUGUGGCAGCUCUCUGGAGAUAAGAGUGGCUCUGGGGGAGGAAGCAAAGUGUCCCACCACAUGUACAUGUCCCUUGUGGCUUUGGUGAGCGCUUCACUUCUGGGUGCCCCUGGCCAGUGUCUGCAGGAAGAGGCUCCAGUGCUCAGAAGGCGGCUGGCAGCCUGCCCAGUAGGUGUCCUGUCUUCCUGUAAUGGCUGUCCCCUACUGUUCCUACAAGCAGGCAUGAGCUGGGCUCCCGGCAGAGCACUUGCUGGUCACCCUCCUGCAAACGGGGGCUGAGACAACACUAGUAUCUCCUAAGCAGUGUCUUCAGCCCCCAGGAGGCAGCAGCCCAGAUCUGCAGGAUGCCAUUGUUCUGGCAUGUAAAAAGUCCCUGCUGUGAGACCAGGACAGUGGCGUGCUGCGGCAUGGUAGGGUUUAGCCUUUGUUAGCAAUGUUAGUGGAUGCCGGGAAACCAUUGUCUUAGCCCCCAGACUGCUGCUGCUCUGUGUGUGCCUAUCCACAUCCUACCACAAGCACAGAGCUAGAGGCAGCCACACAGGGCAGUUGGUGGACCGGAUUUCCCUGUGGCCAAAAGAAAGGUAAGAGGCUGAAGAGCAAAACUGUCAGAGGAUAGGGAGGGUCCAUUUCCAGGCACCAUGUGCACAUUAAGGGUGGUUUGUGGCUGGGUGCUGUGGCACACACCAGUACUAACAGCACCAGGAAGGCAGGAGGGUUAUGAGUUCAAGGCCAAAUGUGAAAUCACCAGGCAUGGUAGCACACGCCUUUAAUCCCAGUCCUUGGAGGCAGAGGUAGGAGAACUGCUGUAAGUUCAAGGCCAUCCUGAGACUACAUAGUGAAUUCCAGGUCAGCCUAGACUAGAAUAAGACCUGACCUUGAGAAAGAAAAAAAAAAAAACAAGGACAGUCUGGGCUACAUGAAAACCUAUCAAAACAAAAAUGAGUGGUCCUGGUAACACAGGCUGGACUUCGGCCAGCGCUGCAGCUUAGACCCUAGCCUCGUACAGAGUGGCAUCGUGCCUCCUCGUCUCCCCCUCCAGCCUCUGUUCCCACUUCUGCAGCUGGGGAAAUGCAGGGUUCACUUGCAAGGCAGAAGCCAUAGCUCUCCCAGGGACAGCACCAAUCCUGGGAACUCCUGCUACUAUGAGUCACCAUUGUGAGCAAAGGAACAUGCAAAAGCCUUUGUCAUAGCACCAGGCCAGAGCAGAGACUCACGUCCAACCUCAACCUUGGUGGGUCACACUGAUUAGUCGACUUUUCCAGUGGGGAGGAUUUGGCUAGGAUGUGUGCUGGGAGAGCUUUAUUUCAGCCCCUGAAACAGCAGCUAGUGGAUAGCCAGGAACCCAGUCCUGCCAAGACCAGUGGGAGCUUGAGAAGGGACUCCAACAUUAGAGGCGCCCUUGCUGUGGAAGAGGUAGGAAAGGGCUAUGAGGGUAUCAGUGGUGCAGCAUUAGACUCAGGGGAGGGUGGAAGGGCCCUGUUCUGCAAAGGGGUCUGUGCUGGUCUCUGCACACCAGGCCUUGAGCUCCAGGCUGCUGCCCCACUCAUCCCACACCACUGAGCAGGCCAGCUCUGAAGAGCUGUCCCCCUAAGGGCUGGGCUGCCUCUCUACAGGACAUCACACAUGGCCAUGGGCUCAGAGAUGUGUGUUGCAGAGGAAGCUUCCAAGCUAGGUUCAUGUCACCAGGCCAUAUUGGCUGGAAAGGCUCCUGGUGGGCAUGUAGGUCAUGCCCAGGUCUUUGAUCAGCUGGUUCCCUGCGCUCAGGCAGGCCACCCACCUCAUUAGGUUACUACCUGCCAAGAGCAGGGAGCAUUGGUUGGUCCUGAGCAAAUAGAUGAAUUCUUUUCUAGACUGAACACUCCUCCAGUGGGACUGUCCUCCAUGGAAGGCUCCUGAGGGCCACUGUUCCAAACCUUGGUCUCUAUGUCAGCUGCUUCCCUGGGGACAGAUGGAAUUCAGGGCCCCAGGGGCCAUUCUGAUCUGCUGUGGGGUGACCAGGCCCCACGCCUGCUCCCAGUGCCCCUACGUCACUUGGCCUGAGCCCUGAAGAACAGAUGAGGGCAGAGCUGGGAGCACCACUCCAAGCCAGGCUAUGUCCAUGUGGCAGGGAGGGACCUAACCCAAACUUAACUGCAGACCAUACUCUCCUGAGCUGCGCCUCCAGGGACCUUGCACUUUAGCUAGACGGCUCCUGAUCAGAGCUCCCCCUGGCUUUGAGCCUGGGCUGGGCCUGUCCCGUCCUUGCCACUAGAUGUGCUCAGGAGGAGGGAGUCUAGGAGGCUGGCCAUUGCCUCCCUGGCCAAGACGCUGUGUUAGGGCCAGUUGGGGGAAGGGGCCUGGGGCUAUGGCCUGAUGCUGUCACUUGCAGUCACAGCAGGGAUAUAUUGAGAGGAAUGAGCUAAACAUUUGACCACUAGAGAAUACAAAAGACUCAAGCAAGCUGCACUCUCCCCAUAAGAUGUGUGAUUCUAUCAGGCCCUGGCCACUGGCAGCCCAGGUCACACCCCAUGUUCCAGCAGAGCUUUCCGUGGUGACUCCACCUGGACACUCCCCAUUCUGUGUCACCAAAUUCCAUACCUGCCAUCGUCACACCGAGGUUGCUGGCAGUCCCCAGUGAUAGUGGUGUUUUCUGUGUUACAGUUAUGCAGUUUUGUGUCCCAUCAGGUCAUGUUCUAAGAUUAAGAUUGAGAAGGUUUCAAGGUUGAAGAUCUCAAGACAGUGUUGUUUCCUGUAAAGAAAAAAUGUGUGUGUAUAUAUGUUUAUAUAUAGUAUGUUGGCUUGUCAGAGGGUGAGAACUGAAAUAGAUUCUCUUUUAAAAAGAA